AAAGAAAUACUACUUCUGUAAAGUAGUGGCAUAAAACAUCUUAUAAAAGUUUACAGAGCGAGUAGGUUUGUAGCUGAAAAAACAACUAUAUUCCGGCCAUAACUUUGGGUAAGAAAGGUUUGCAUGCCAAGACACACAAUGACGUCUCUUCAGUCCUCUUCCUCCUCCAAAAAACUGUACCAAUGUGACCGAGCUUUUGACUCUUCCACCUCCGAAGUCAAUAAGGGCUGCAAUCUGCACCUGAUCGUCUUCAAAGCAAGACUCUUUCCUCGCAAAAAGAAAGAAGAAGAAAAAAGCAAGCCUCUUUCUUUUGGGGAUUCAAAAUGAAGCAACCGAGGACACUGCAGACACCAUGGAGACCAGACCAUGGCUCCUCCAGCUUCUUGCCCUUCUCAUCACCACCACUGCCCUUCUCUUGAACCCAUCCACUUCCACUUCCAGCUCCACCAGCACCGUCGACGACCUUCCGGCCCUCCUAUCGCUCAAAUCUCUCAUCACCAAGGAUCCCUUGGGCGCACUCUCCUCAUGGACCAUCAACAGCAGCUCCAACGGCAGCACUCAUGGCUUCUGCAGCUGGACCGGCGUGGAGUGCAGCAGUGCACACCCGGGACAUGUUGCCGCGCUUCGACUACAAGGUCUUGGCCUCUCCGGGACCAUUUCACCAUUUCUUGGGAACCUCUCGCGUCUCCGUGCACUCGAUUUGUCCGACAACAAGCUUGAAGGUCAGAUCCCUCCUAGCCUUGGCAACUGCUUUGCACUACGCAGGCUCAACCUGAGCGUCAACUCCCUGUCCGGUGCCAUCCCUCCCGCCAUGGGAAACCUGUCAAAGCUUGUUGUUCUGGCUAUUGGCAGCAACAAUAUCUCGGGUACCAUUCCUCCUCCUUUUGCAGAUCUUGCAACAGUCACCCUCUUCAGUAUAGUAAAGAACCAUGUGCAUGGGCAAAUACCACCAUGGCUCGGCAAUUUGACAGCACUGAAUGAUUUGAACAUGGGUGGGAAUAUUAUGAGCGGACAUGUUCCACCAGCUUUGUCUAAGCUUACCAACCUUCAAUAUCUGAAUCUAGCAGCCAAUAACCUACAAGGUUUGAUCCCUCCAGUGUUAUUUAAUAUGUCGUCACUUGAAUACCUCAAUUUCGGGUCAAACCAACUGUCAGGCUCUCUACCACAAGAUAUUGGCUCUAUACUUCCUAACCUGAAAAAGUUCAGUGUAUUCUACAACAAAUUUGAAGGCCAGAUUCCUGCCUCCUUGUCAAACAUAUCUUCUCUUGAACAUCUCUCUCUCCAUGGGAAUAGAUUUCGUGGCGGAAUCCCAUCAAAUAUUGGCCAAAGUGGAUGUUUGACUGUAUUUGAAGUAGGAAAUAAUGAGCUGCAGGCUACAGAGUCAAGAGAUUGGGAUUUUCUGACCUCCUUGGCUAACUGCAGCAGCCUAGUUCUUGUAAAUCUUCAACUGAAUAACCUUUCAGGGAUUUUGCCAAAUAGCAUCGGUAAUCUCUCGCAAAAACUUGAAGGUCUUCGAGUUGGAGGAAACCAAAUUGCUGGGCAUAUACCUACAGGAAUAGGAAGAUAUUACAAGCUUGCAAUACUUGAGUUUGCAGAUAAUCGCUUCACAGGAACCAUACCUUCAGAUAUUGGAAAGCUAUCCAACCUCAAAGAACUAUCUCUAUUUCAGAAUAGAUACUAUGGGGAGAUUCCUUCGUCAAUAGGCAACCUAUCACAACUAAAUCUGCUAUCUCUUUCAACCAAUAAUUUGGAGGGUAGCAUUCCAGCUACUUUUGGCAACCUUACUGAGUUAAUCUCCCUGGACCUUUCCAGUAACCUCUUGAGUGGGCAAAUCCCAGAAGAAGUUAUGAGCAUCUCCUCCCUGGCUCUAUUUCUCAAUCUCUCAAACAAUUUAUUAGAUGGACCUAUUUCUCCACAUGUUGGGCAGCUAGUCAAUCUUGCAAUAAUGGAUCUCUCAUCAAACAAGCUAUCAGGUGUAAUCCCAAAUACCCUUGGUAGUUGCGUAACAUUGCAAUUCCUACACUUACAAGGGAAUCUCUUGCAUGGACAAAUUCCAAAAGUACUCAUGGCAUUAAGAGGGCUAGAAGAGCUGGAUCUCUCUAAUAAUAAUUUAUCAGGACAUAUCCCUGAAUUUCUCGAGAGCUUCCGGCUUCUAAAGAAUCUAAACGUUUCAUUCAACCACCUAUCAGGUCUGGUGCCAGAUAAGGGGAUCUUCUCAAAUGCAAGUGCUGUAUCCCUCACAAGUAAUGACAUGCUAUGUGGUGGCCCUGUAUUCUUUCAUUUCCCUACAUGCCCAUACCCAGCGCCUGAUAAACCUGCACGUCACAAACUGAUUCGCAUCUUGGUGUUUACUGUGGCGGGAGCAUUCAUCCUUCUCUGUGUCAGCAUUGCUAUACGUUGUUACAUUAGGAAAUCAAGAGGUGAUGCCCGCCAAGGUCAGGAAAACAGCCCUGAGAUGUUUCAGAGGAUCUCAUAUGCUGAGUUGCAUUUGGCUACAGAUUCAUUCUCUGUGGAAAAUUUGGUUGGCCGUGGAAGCUUCGGCAGUGUAUAUAAAGGGACUUUUGGUUCUGGUGCAAAUUUGAGUACCGCGGCAGUGAAGGUACUUGAUGUCCAACGACAAGGAGCCACAAGGAGCUUCAUAUCUGAGUGCAAUGCUCUCAAAAGGAUACGACAUCGCAAACUAGUCAAGGUUAUCACAGUGUGUGAUAGCUUGGACCACAGUGGCAGCCAAUUCAAGGCACUUGUGCUCGAGUUCAUUCCCAAUGGAAGCUUGGAUAAAUGGUUACACCCGAGCACAGAAGGCGAGUUCCAAACACCAAGCCUGAUGCAGAGGCUAAACAUUGCACUUGAUGUGGCAGAGGCACUGGAAUAUCUCCAUCAUCAUAUUGAUCCUCCAAUUGUUCACUGUGAUGUUAAACCAAGUAAUAUUCUUCUUGAUGAUGACAUGGUUGCACAUCUUGGUGACUUUGGACUAGCAAAGAUAAUUAGGGCAGAAGAAAGCAGGCAAUCACUCGCCGAUCAAAGUUGCUCGGCUGGAAUCAAAGGCACAAUUGGGUAUCUUGCACCAGAGUAUGGCACCGGGACUGAAAUAUCUGUGGAAGGCGACGUGUACAGCUAUGGUGUGCUAUUGUUGGAGAUGCUUACUGGGAGAAGGCCAACUGACCCAUUUUUCGGCAAUACUACAAAUCUACCAAAGUACGUUCAGAUGGCCUGUCCUGGUAAUCUGUUGGAUAUAAUGGACGUCAAUGUAAGAUGCAACCAAGAGCCUCAAGUGACUUUAGAAUUGUUCGCUGCUCCAGUUUCAAGACUUGGUCUAGCUUGCUGCAGGGGCUCUGCAAGACGGCGCAUAAAGAUGGGCGAUGUGGUAAAAGAAUUGGGUGCGAUAAAACGGUUAAUCAUGGCCAGCCAGAAUUCCGCGUCCUGGUCCACAACGAAGUAA